AUGACGGCCAAGAUCGAUCAACGGAUAGCCGAAAUAAGAGAAAUGAAGGCCGAAUUACGAGCGGCCAAUGAAAUAACACGAUCAACCUUUGAGGGAAUACCUCCUAACGAAGAGACUAUACCAGAAACGGCUACACAAGGGUCGGUAAUUAUUCUAUUCGUAAGUAAUAAGUACUCAGUUUUUGGUACUCAGUACUCAAGUCCUCAAAUAAUUGUCCAGCCUACUUCCCAGUCGAACAGUUACGGAGGUCUUGUUAUUUUUAAAGUUAAAGCCCAACACAGAGUACACAACCAUGAAUGUCUCAUGUAUCAAUGGUUUUUUAACAGAGUACCAAUUAUUGGUUUGUAA